ACCUAACCUAAAACUACACAAGAAGUACAUUCAGCAUUAGCACUGUUCAAUUACAAGUUAAGAUGGGAGAGAUUAUUUAUGAUAAUGUGGUCAGCACUGAGUCUGAAGGAAUGAACAGACAGAGAACAGAGAUGAUGGUGGACAUCUAUGAAUGUACAGAUUCUGUGAGAGAUCACGACUUCAGGACCGAAACAAACACACACCAAAAACUUCAAUGUACAGAAAGUGAGUGUGUAAUGAACAGAAGAUACAGAUCAGCUACAUGUACAGUGUGUUUGGUGCUGCUGUGUGUUCUUCUACUGACUGCAGUCAUAGUGCUGUGUGUCCUCAUCAAUACAAACAAUCAACAGUUUAACAUCAAGACCAAAAACCUCACAGAAGAGAGAGACCAGCUACUAACCAAAUAUACCAACAUCACAGAAGAGAGAGAUGAAUUAAUAGCCAAGUAUAAUAAUAUUACUAAACUAAAGGAGAAGCUGAAGGAGAAAAAUAAACUGUGGACACAACUUUAUGGUAAUCUUGACGCUACACGAAAACAAAAAGUAAAAGUAAAAAGUGUGGUUAAGUGUGAUGGAUGGAUUUACUAUCAGUCCAGUUUGUACUUCAUUUCAUCUGAUUGGAAAACCUGGACUGAGAGCAGAAGAUACUGUAGAGAGAGAGGAGCAGAUCUAAUCAUCAUUAACAACAAAGAGGAACAAGAUUUUAUUAACAAGAAUUCUGGUAAGGACAAUCUCUGGAUUGGUUUGUCUGACAGUGAUGUAGAGGGCAGAUGGAAAUGGGUUGAUGGCAGCACACAGAGCUAUAGCUUCUGGGCGUCUGGAGAACCCAAUGGAGGUAGAAGAGAGAACUGUGUUGUGUCUUAUUCGUCAGGAUGGGUUGAUUACUCCUGUGUAAUCGCUUUUAAAUGGAUCUGUGAGAAGAGCACACAGCAAGUUUUGUCAGAUGUUUGUUUAUUCAGUAAAUUGUGAACACGCAUAUAAAGAUAAUUCUCUCUUAAGGACCUUGAACUACAGUAUUUCAGGAAAUUCUAGUACGUCUAAAGAUUGUCAUGUAUAUUUAUUGUAGGGUGAUGCAAUUAUUGAUCUGUCUCCUGUAGUUUACACUGAUACAUUGUAAUAAGUGCAAUACUAUGAAGGGCUUACUAUUAAUGCAUCCACCGUAGCAUAUUCCUUUAAAAUACCUUCAGUGCUUCAGUGUUUCAUCAAGGAAAUUCACACUGUGUGACCACCAGUGUUGACUCUUACUACUUUUAUGUUUUGUGACUACUAAAUAAAGACACUUUCUUAUCUUAAACUCAUUCACAGAGAUGAUAGUGAACUUUACACCCUUACUAAAUGUGUUAAUUCCUUUUCUUCUGCAGCUGCUUCACUAUGGCCAACCAUUCUGCAUAAGUUUGAGCAGCAAUUACCUUUGGACAUUUUAUAGGUAUGCAGGGCAG